AAUCGAUUAGAAAUCAGUCAUAAAGUCUCGCUGAAACAAUGGCAGUCAAUAAGUGUGUUACACGUAAUUUUAGUAGAAUCGCAAUUUUUGCUCAACUCUUUAGUUUUGCGACAGCAUCAUCCGUGGUUAAUUUUGCAAAUCCUCUGACCGAUCCCUGUUUUGGUCAUAAAGAUGGACGUGCACGGUCUAUAGAUAUAGAUAGUUCCUUUGCGGAAUGCCGUACAUAUUUUGAAUGCAUUAAUGGUAUGAAGACAACAGAGGAACCCUUCAUGUGUCCAUACGAUUUGCCAUUCUUUGAUGCGCAAAUUGAGGACUGCGUUAAAGAUUCCGGAGCGUGUUUCUCAUGUUCAUCGAAUUCAGAGUACGAACUGUUCCCCGUGCCGCAUGCACCAAACCAACUCGUUCAGUGCUUUAGACACAAACCAUUGCUGAUGGCAUGUGCCGAUAAUUUGGAAUUUGAUGCUCGCAUUCGGGAGUGCAAUGUAAAACAGUUAUGUCGAACCAAGAAUUUCACUGGAAAACGGUGCCUAAGUGGUGGGCCAUACUAUGAAAUUGAUAACGACGAUCCAACGGUAUACUACAUUUGCUGGGAUGAAUGGAACAGUCUGUGUGCCCAAUGCCCUUAUGGCCUACAAUUCAACACAUUCAAAGAAACCUGUGAAUUUGCAUAGAAGACUCUGGAACAACCAACACGAUUUCGAUUUCGAUUUCAUAUUUAAAUAUAUUUAGCGAAAUUUUAAAAAAUACAAAGUCAUAUUAGCUUGA